CCCAAUUUUUCAUUUGGUAUGGAUUAUGAUAUUGAUAUUACUAAUAUCUUUGCAACCAAAAAUUUAAAGAAACACCAAUGUUAGUAACUUGUUAAAAUUGCACCAACUAACCAGUGAUCAGCCUAGGAACUUUGGAAUUGCAUCUUCUAGGGUUCAGCUAACUUGACUUCUCCUGCUCACUUGUUUCCAAGUUACUCCCUUGGUCCAAAUCCUCCUUGAAAAUUCCAAAACUAUGUGGAGGGUUUUUCAUAGGAAAAUCACAAGAUGUAUUGAACAAACUACAUUUCACAGACAUAAUUGCAACUCUCAGCUUCCACAAAACAACCAAAUCUUGGUCCAAGAACUCACCCAAAUUCUUAAAAACAAGAAGUGGAAAAGGCUCAUUCAAUCCUCAGGAUUAAAAAAGAAGCUAAAUCCAGAUGUGGUUCGCUCUAUUCUUCAUCAACAUCAAUUGACUAACCACCUUGAACGCCUUCUCAGUUUCUUCCAAUGGUCAAAACACAAAGUGGGUAUUCAAUCAGAUUUGGAAAUUCAUUCAUUUCUAGCUGUCCUUUUAUGUAGUAACAAUUUGUAUGGUCCUGCUAGUUCUGUUCUUGAUAUUGUGAUUAAAUUCGGUUUACCCCCUUUAGAUGUUGUGAAAUCUAUUGAUAAUUGUCGUAAAGAAUUGGAUGAAUCAAGAAAAUUUGAUCAUAUCAUAUUUGGGUUGUUGAUGGAUAAGUACAGAGAGAAAAAGUACUUGUUUGAAGCUGCUAGUGUUAUUUUUGCUCAUAAUAAAGAUCUUGAUUGUGUCCCUAGCUUGUUCUGUUGUAACCGUUUGUUGACGGAUUUGUUGAAAGAUAGUAACUUUAGAUUGUUUUGGCGAGUUACUAAUUCAAUGAGUGAAGCUAAUAUUACCUUCAAUGCAAUUACGUAUACUAGUAUGGUGGAUGCUCAUUGUAGAGAGGGGAAUUUUAGUGAUGCCAAGAAAGUAUUGGCUGAGAUGGAAGAGAAGGGCUUUUGUUCAAAUAUGUUUACCUAUAACAUUUUGAUGAAGGGGUUGUUUAGAGCUGAGCAUGUGGAUGAGGCAAUUCAGCUUAAAAAAAGCAUGUUUGCCAAGUCAUUAGUUCCUAAUCGAUAUAUUUAUACCACAUUUAUUGACGGGCUUUGUGCUGCAAAUAGAUUUAAAGAGGCAAUAAUGGUAUUUGCUGAGAUGACUGAGCGGGGAGUGAAGCUUGACUCAGUUGUUUAUGAAGCUUUACUAGAUUCUUACUUGAGAGAUGAUGUGGAUGAAGCUUUUAAAAUGAAGGAUAUAAAGGAUGCUAAAGGCAUUGAUUUAAACCUUUGCAAUACACUUCUUCGUGGGCUCUGCAAGUGUGGUAUGAUGGAGAAGGCACACAAACUUGUGGGUGACAUGACCGGAGAAGGUAUCAAGCCUGAUUUGACAACUUAUACCUUGUUGAUUGAGGGACAUUGUCAAGGGGGUAAUGUCGCCACUGCCUUGGAGCUUCUUGAAGAAUUGAAGAAGAAAAAUCUGGCCUCUGUUGAGUCAACGUAUUGUAUAAUUACUGAUUGUCUCUGCCGCAAUAAGGAUACGGACUCAGCUAUGUCUUCUCUUUCAGACUUGAUAACGAAGAAUGGCAAGCAAAAUGCUCUUACCUGGAGAACUUUGUUUAAAAAUUAUUCUCGUAAAGGUUACUUAGAGCAGUUGAGGAGGAUUUUGGAGGCUAUUGAUGUCAGGUGAUUAUUCCAGCUACUCCCCAUUACAAUACUCUUAUAAAGGGCCUCUGCGGGACACGGGAGAUGAAAGCUGCUCAAAGUUGCUUGGUUGAAAUGCUGGAUAGAGGCCUAAAACCUGACCAGGAUACUUAUGAAGCCUUCGUUAUUGGAUAUUGUGGAGAAGGGGAGUUGCAAAAUGCAGAAAGAUAUUUAUUUCAGAUGCUGCAUCAUGGGUUUAAGCCCAACGGAGGAAUUUAUAGUGCUUUGAUCAGUGUGAACUGCAAAAGUGGUAAGGUAAACGAAGCCUUUGGGGUAUUUAGAAGUAUUCUUGCUAUGGGGGUUUUGGAAGUGCGUGACGCCUAUCUUAUUCUCUUUUAUGGUCUCUUGGUGAACGAAAAAAUGCUAGAAGCAGCUGAAGUCAUAUCAGAACUUCAUGGCAAGAAUCUGGUUGCUGAUGUUUCCUCCUAUAAAUCUCUCAUCUGUUAUUUUGUUCUACACUCUGAGAUUGAAAAGGCCUUUACCCUUUACAAGGAACUGGAAAACAGAGGUAUCCGUCCCAACUUACGGACUCACAAUCUCUUGAUUGAUGAGCUGCUUAAUGCAGGUCAAACUGAGAGAGCUAAAAUGAUAUUCAGUAUCAUCUUAAAAAAAGGCUUGGGACCAAAUAGAGCGACAUACACUACCAUGAUAUCUUGUUUAGCUAAAGGAGGACAAUUGUCCGAGGCAUAUGGCUUGUUUGACUCUUAUGAUACUUAGGGGGCUUUCUCGGUAUAGGAGCAUUUAUAAUGUUCUCUUUGAUGGAUGCUGUAAAACUGGGAACUUGCAGAAAGCUCAGGACUUGCUUCAGGAAAUGUUGCAAAUGGGAAUAGGUUCUGCUAAAGCUUUUAACACAUUGAUUGAUAGAUUCUUGAAGAAUGGAAAUGUGGUGGAAAUUAAGCAGCUUCUGAAAAAGAUGACAGAGGGAUGCAUUGGAUUUGAUCAGGACACGUAUACACCGCUGAUUGAGCAGCUAUGCAAGGAUGGACUAAUGGAGGAAGCAGAAAUGCUGAUAUCAGAAAUGCAAAAAAGGGAUCUCGUACUUAAGGAUGCAACUUACAGUAGAAUUUUUCAUGGCUAUCAUAUGAUGGGUGAGAGAUCAAGACUUUGUGCCAUAUUCCAAGAAAUGGUGAGGAAGGGUAUAAAUCCUGAGAAUGGCAUUCUUCCGAUUGUGCUGGAUGCUUUCUCAAACGAAGGGAACUUACUUGAUGCAUUCAAGUUAUUCAUGGGAAUGUUGGAGAAGCGCACGCCUCUAAGUGUAAGCGCCUGUGAGUCACUAAUUGAAGCUUUAUGCUUGGAUGGGAAGUACGGUAAAGUAUUGGAAUUUCUUCUUGAGAUGGGGGAGAAGGAGUUUGUGCUCAAUCAUUCAACUUGUAGUGCUAUUGCUCGUAGUUUUUCUCUCAAAGGUGAUACUGAUAUAGACGAAAUAUGCAAGGUUAUGACAAGAUUUGGUUGGAUAUUACACACUACUACUUUUUCUGAUUUACUGAAGGACUGUAAAGUAGAUUCUUUAAUGCCUGAUGAUCAUCAAAAUGAUUCGUCGGUGGAGCUUGUUGCGAGAAACCAAAAUGCUGCUUCCUCAGAGGAUGUAGAAAAUGUUUUGAAGCAAGUGGGUUGAAGGCAGUGCUUCAUGAGGCUUGUCACUAGAGAUGAAUGCAGCUACUUCACAGUAAGUGGAAGACGGGAAGGGAUUUCAACGGGGCAUAGCCACACUAAACCAUUUCGAUUUGGAGGCUUCUAGGCUAAAUUGGAUGGCAGCUUCUAGUACAUGACAUGUCGAUCACUGCAUGAGUUUUCAGGUCUACUGUAACAACUGAACCUGUUAGCUCAUACCAGAUGAAGGAUAUUUUGAUCCCACUCGAGUUAAGGGGAGAGUUCCCUAAGACCUUAAAUAGUAGUUCCAUAACAAAAAGAAGAGAAGUGAAAAGAAUAGAUAUAACUUAGUAUUACAUUUUUUUACUCUUUCUGAAGUUCAACAAGUAAAUAAAGGAAGAAAGAAGGCUACUAUCUGGCUGUUGGUUCGACUUCUUGGUUGUUGUCCAUAUAAUUUAUAAGGGAUUCUUUAAAGGCUCA